AUGUCAAUCAAAAUACUGAAGCAGCUGAAAAGAAAUCUUGUGAAGCAUAAUCCAGACCUCUGUUUUUCUGUUCUUAUGCUUUCUUUCAGGGACUCCCUGACAUGGAGGAGCUGCUGGAUGCUACUGCUCCUGAUGGCACAGUGCCCCAAAAAUGAAUACUUUGAUAAUUUGCUGCUCUCUUGUACUCCUUGUCACCUGCGGUGUUCCAGUGCACCACCGCCCUCCUGUGAAAACUACUGUGAGAAGAGUACUGAUUCAAGUGGAAUCCUUUGGAUUUGUUUGGGCAUAGGGUUGAUUUUAAUAUUCACUCUGUUUACCUUAAUGGUCUUGUUUAAAUGGAAGCACCUAAAGCAACUAAAAGAAAAACUGGAAAACACAGACUCCGCUGUGGAGCCGAAUGACAUUCUCAAGGCUAAUACUGAAAGCAGUGUGAACACAGAAGAAAUCAGACACACACUUCCAAGUGAAACAUUAAUGUAUUCAGUGGAAGAAUGCACUUGCAGUGACUGUGGCUUGGUGAAACCUCACACUGGCUGUGAAACUUCAUUUCCAUUACCAGCUACUGAAGAACGAGCUACUGUUCUAGUUACCACCAAAUCUUUUGAUUAUUACAACUAUGUUCUGGGUGUUGGAUGA